UCUACCCUACUGUGUAGCAAAAACUUCAGAAGACAAGCAAACCCUCUCUCUCUCUCUCUGCCAUUUUUGCUCUACUGAGAUGAGUUGCUGAUGACUUUGGACCUCUGUUCUGUGUAAUGCAAUCGAUAUUCGAACAUCUACCCAUAUUUCUGCUUUUGGUUGCGGGGUUUUUGGUGAUCGGUCUCUUCUUUUCUGCUUUUGGUCGCGGGGUUUGGACUAGGAACCAGCCAUGCCUGCUCUUGUCAAUUACAGUGGAGAUGAUGAAAUCUUUUCUGGGGGUCCAGUUUAUUCGAAGGAUUCGAGGCUCUCAUGUUCGAUUGAUUCCCAUUUGGAUGGGCAUGGUCCUCCUAGAAAGAGGGCUCGGGUUAGUUCCUCAUUGUCUUGCUCAGAUAAAAGGUCCGAGGAAGGGACACCAUCCAUUGAAGUACUUCCAGAUGAAUGCUUAUUUGAGAUUUUCAGACGCCUCCCCGGAGAUGAAGCAAGGAGUGUCUCUGCUUGUGUGUCCAAGAGGUGGCUUAUGCUUUUAAGCAGUCUUCGUAGUUCUGAGAUCUGCACGAACAAGAAUGCUAAGGGAGGAUCAGAUCAUGUUGGCGCAAUCUCUGGUGAGGAAGAUAUGGAGUUUGAGAAUGAUGGAUGCCUUACAAGGAGUUUGGAAGGGAAGAAAGCAACGGAUAUAAGACUUGCUGCUAUUGCAGUAGGAACUUUGAGCUGUGGGGGCCUCGUCAAGCUUUUAAUCAGGGGAGGCAGCUCUACUUGUAGUGUCACCGACAAAGGACUCUCGGCGAUUGCCCGUGCUUGCCCUUCUCUGAGGGUUCUCUCCCUGUGGAAUGUCCCUUUCGUUGGUGAUGAAGGUUUGUUUGAGAUGGCCAAGGAAUGCCACUCCUUGGAGAAGCUUGACCUCUGCCAAUGCCCUUUGAUUUCCAGCAAGGGUUUAAUUGCAGUUGCAAAGAACUCCCCAAACUUGACUUCUUUGGAAAUUGAAUCUUGUCCGAAUAUUGGCAACGAGACCUUGCAAGAACUUGGAAGGUGCUGCCCAAAGCUGCAAUGCGUCACUAUCAAGGAUUGUCCGCUUGUUGGGGAUCUGGGAAUUGCGGGCCUCAUGUCAUCAGCCUCUUGUGUCUUGGCAAAGCUUAAACUUCAGGCCCUGAACAUAACAGAUUUCUCUCUCGCCGUAAUUGGGCAUUACGGGAAGGCCCUUGCUAGUCUGGUUCUUAGUGGCCUCCAAAGAGUGAGCGAGAGGGGUUUUUGGGUCAUGGGUAAAGCCCAGGGCUUGGAGAAAUUGGCAUCUCUGACCAUUUCGUCGUGUUGGGGGACAACAGAUCUAAGUCUUGAGUCAAUUGGGAAGGGUUGCCGUAACCUGAAACAUUUGUGGCUUCGUAAGUGUUGCUUUCUAUCUGAUGGUGGGUUGUUGGGUUUUGCCAAAGCCACUGGGUCUCUUGAAAGUUUACAAUUGGAGGAGUGCAACAGGAUCACCCAGUUGGGGAUUUUGGAUACACUCUCAAAUUGUCAAUCAAAGUUGAAGUCUCUAGCUGUCAUUAAAUGCAUGGGAAUCAGAGAUGUAUCUCUGGAAACACCUUUCCUCUUCCCUUGUGAAUCGCUUCGCUCCUUGUCCAUAAGAAGCUGCCCGGGUUUUGGAAAUGCUAGCUUGGCAAAGGUGGGGAAACUGUGCCCUCAGCUACAUCAGCUAGAUCUGACUGGGCUUUGUGGAAUUACAGAUUCUGGGCUUCUUCCACUUGUGGAGAGCUGUGAGGCAGGACUAGUUAAGGUCAAUCUCAGCGGUUGCUUGAAUUUGACGGAUGAAGUGGUCUCCGCAUUGGUUAGGCUACACGGUGGAACCCUUCAAGUCCUGGAUCUUAAUGGCUGCGGAAAGGUUACAGAUGCAAGCCUGGUGGCGGUUGCAGACAAUUGCCUGGUACUGAAUGAUCUAGAUCUGUCGAAGUGUUCGAUCUCUGAUUCUGGAGUUGCUGUUUUGUCUUGCGCAGAGCAGCUGAAGUUGCAGAUCCUUUCCCUGUCUGGCUGCUUUAAGAUAUCCGGAAAGAGUAUUCUCUCCCUGAAAAAAUUAGGUAAACAUCUGGUGGGACUAAAUCUUGUAAGCUGCAAUUCAAUCAGCAACAGUGCCAUAGAGCUACUUGUGAGGAGCUUGUGGAGAUGCGAUAUCGUCUUCUAAAGCUGGUACAUGCAGCUCAGACAAGUAGAAAUACAACAGUUACAUGUUUAAAACAUCAGUAGUAGGUUGGUUGUUUUCCAGAAGACUUUUGUAGAUCUUUGUUCCAUCGGGUUUUUGCAGGUUUCCUACUUGGGGAAGCCUGUUUUUGAAUAUUUUAGCCUCCCAUUGAAGGGGGGGGGGGGGACGGCCUCUGUCACAGCCAUGGUUCUCUGGAUACAGUUACUUAGCCCAGGUAUCGGGAGGUUGAAGGUCCUGAUUUCUUUCCUGAUCUGCCUUUAAUCGAGUAAUGUAAGAAACUUUUUCUCCGGGAUGGUGUCAGUUUCCAGCUUGUCCGAGUCUUGUUAUGGAUGUUGUGUCAAAAGAGUGUGGAUGUUGUGUUGUCUAUUUUGCCAUGACAACCUUGACUUUGUUGGUUGUUUUUGUAAACCGGGUCCUAGUGUUUGAUGGGAUGAUUCAAGCUCUAUAUCUGCAGGGCGCCUCCGCUGGUGAAUGAUUCUAUCCUGCAACUACACACCGUGACAAUGGAGUGUGAUGAACCUUCCCUGUUAUUUGUUUUGUUUAUCCCCGGCCCUUUCUUAAAUUGUCUUCUGAAUUUUGGUCCUAUUUUUACACAUGGUUUUGGAUUGGGUUAAAACUUAUUAGCUAGGAUGUUUGAGGUAAAUUAUGAUGCAGCAAUGCUAUGUUGCCCGGCAGUGGGCAACAUAGCAUUGCUGAAUUAUGAUGUCCUGUUUACCAUUUAGCGGGCAACUAGGACUUGGGUCUCUUUCUUGGGCGGGACACCAAUUGCGUGUGCCUUUGCCGAGAGACCAUGAAAGUUGAUUUCUCAUAUAUAUUAUUUCCGGGUUGAUAACAACUUCACCAUGAAUUCUGUACUGUUCAUAUUUUCCUCUUAAAACUUCCGAGGACUCAGAACAAGCACAAUAACCAUUCUGUAAUUGUCUAAUCAAGAAAAUCAUCAACAGUCCAUUGCUGUUUAUGCUUUCUGCUGCUGCUGUGAUUGCUAAAGCCUGUUGGUUCUACAAUUGCUAUGAUUUUGAAAACAAAGCAAUGCUAUUUUGGGCAUUUUUUUGCUUUCUAGGGAAACAAUAUCACCAUCCUACAAGAAGUUUAACGUUUGCAAUUUUUUAAGAUAAAUUGACCUUAUAAUCCCUCUUAUGAUUAUUUUUAAGCCGAAUUAAUUAAUGCACUUUGAUUAAAUUUCCAAAAUACUCCUCUAUACUACAAUUAACAUAAGCUUAAACUUAAUUUCCCUCAAACUAAAAGUAAAAAAUAAAAUGUCUCAAUGGCCAAAACUCAGGUGGGUUCCGCCCAUCACUGACUAAGAUGUCGGUGAUGCCUAGAACCAUUUGGGUUCUGGUGCUGGAAAGCCUGCUGUUAACUGCCAGCCAAAUUGGCGAUGGGGUAAGAGAUGGCUGAAACCCAUCUGAUUUCUGGCCUUGGAACCCUUGCCGGAACCACAGGAUGGGUUCUGACGCUAAAACCAAAACCAUUGUUUAGUUCUGUCGGCGAAAGUCGAACCCAAGCAAACCCUUCUCGACUUACCUUUUCUUUUAUUAGUUUUUGUUUUAAAAGCAGCACUGGAAUUUGUUUUUAUAUAGGAGGAUCAACGGUUGAGGUCUGAUCUGAGGCUGAGUUUCUAUGACACAAAGACCAAGACCUCUUCCCUCCUCUCCCAACGAAACGGCGAACCACACAAUGCUUCUACGAAGCUGGUCGACGCCGGUACUGAACUCAUGGCUUCGCAAUCGUAAAGACUCUAGCGCUUUGCUGGAGCCCGAAUUUGCGGUUCAGAUCACAAAAGGCCAGAUCGCUGUCCGUGCUUUCAUUGCCUCCGGAAGAUGAUGAGUUGCCGAAUAAGAUGACCAGAAGGUCCAGAAUGCCGUCGCAGAGCGACCUCAAAGAUCUGUCCUUCUCCAAGAAGCGCCCGCUCAGCCGGAGCUUAAGUGGGUUGCCGCCGAUCUCGGUGGAGGAAGGCGAGGAGGAGGAGGGCGGAGAUGUGGAAUCGGGUUCUGCUUUUAGGUUCCGGGUUGGAUGAGGGUGCUGUGAUGUUGGGGUUGGAGAGAGAAUUGGAGAGCUUUCCUGUGGGUGGCAGAAGCGGCGGCGGAGGAGGAUCAGACGGUGGUGAUGGAGAUGAGAAUUCUGGUGCCUGGGAUUGAGGUCAUGGGAGUGGCAAUUUGGAUGUGCAUUAUCAGAAUAUGACUUGAGGCAAAUCCUGGCAACGCUCUGCUCCUUAGCAAUUUGCAGUACUCUUGAAAGAGGUAGGGGGUGAUUUCGUGAAGGCUGAAAAGUACUUUGAAAGAGCAAUAGUGGCAAACCCAAGUGUCUAUGGUGAUUUGAUACGGCAGAGAGCCACGGCGAUUCGCGUCGUGCCCAGAGUUACUUGGACAAAGACUGCCAUGUUUGUGCUUCAUAUGCUCGGUUUCUUUUGGGAGACCGAGGAAGAAGAUGAUGAAGGCGAAGGUGACGUUGAAAGAGAAUUUUCACCAACAAGUAUCUUGCAAGGACCUCCUCCCAGAGCCGCUGCUGCGGCUUCUUGGGCUCACCACCAUCCAUCUCUUGUAAAUUAUCUAUAUAUUAUUAUAUGUUAUGACUCAUCUGAACAUCUUUUUCUU